AUGGGGUUUGAAGAAGAAGAAGUGUUGGAGCCUGUGAGCCCCAUUGCACACUACCUCAACAGCUCAGUGCUAUCUAUCUCUAUUCUUUGUGUUUUGGAAAUUGAAGUUCCAAUCGACGACUCACAGACCAUGUCACUGCUCCAGAAUGUGUUCUUGCCCAUCAACCCACGCUUCUCAUCCGUUAUGGCUAGAGAUGGUAAGGGAGAAAAGAAAUGGAAGCGGGUUGCAGUGAACCUUCAAGAUCACGUUAUCGUCCCCGUUUUCCCCCAAGGAAAGUCAGAGGAAUUUUACAACGACUACUUCAGUGACUACUUAACAAAUAUAGGAAUGGAUCAAUUUCCACAGAAUAGGCCAUUGUGGGAAAUUCAUAUAAUCAAGUACCCAACAAGCAAUGCUGCAGGAAGUGUAAUAUUCAAAAUUCACCACUCCCUUGGGGACGGCUAUUCUCUGAUGGGAGCUCUUCUUUCUUGUCUGCAAAGAGCUGACAAUCCUUCCCUUCCAUUGACGUUUCCUUCACGUCAAUCGAGCUCGAAACCUAGGCAUGACAGUGUCAGCAUUUUCCGGUGGGUGCCACGAUUUAUAUCUGGGAUGGUUAACAGUGUUUCAGAUAUUGGAUGGAGCCUCCUAAAGAGCAGUGUUGUGGAAGAUGAUCAGACACCAAUCCGAUCCGGAGAGGAUGGAGUGCAGUUCCGGCCUGUCACUAUAACUACCAUUACAUUCCAUCUGGAACAGAUCAAACAAAUUAAGGCCAGUCUUAAAGUGUCGAUAAACGACGUAAUUACUGGGAUAAUAUUCUUGGGAACCAGAUUAUACAUGCAAGCAACAGGCCAUGAGUUUGGUUCUGCAGAUUCUACUGCAUUGGUGUUGUUCAACACCAGAGCCAUGGAAGGUUACAAGUCAGUGAACGAAAUGGUCAAAACUAAUUCUGAGAUGCCUUGGGGAAACCGUUUCACAUUCCUUCAAGUUUCCAUACCCAAAUUGACUGUUGCUGAUUCUUCAAACCCUCUCAGGUUCGUUUUUGAAGCGCAUCAAUUGAUCAAGAGAAAGAGAAACUCUUUCGCCGUUGUCCUCAAUAGUAUGUUGCUGGAGACCCUCAGAAAAUUAAGAGGCUCUGAGGCAGCUUCUAAGCUAUUCCUUAAGAUUUUGAAGAGCUCGAGCAUCCUAAUCUCAAACAUGAUUGGGCCAGUGGAACAAAUGGCUUUGGCUAGUCAUAAUGUUAGUGGCAUGUACUUCACAGUGGCCGGAAAUCCAGAGAAUGCAAUAAUAACAAUAGUGAGCUACAUGGGGAAGCUAAUGGUAUCCAUGGCAAUGGACAAGGAUUUCAUAAACUCCCAUAAGUUCAAAGAAUGCAUUGAAAAUGCCUAUGAGAUUAUCCUCACAGCUGCAAUCCAGAAGUCGUCUUCAUAAGGCAUUGCAUCAUCAGUGUUAGGUCAAAUGAUGCUGAGAACCAGUUUUCAUGCAGUGGUAAGGCUGUUCCACUGUGACUUGAGCUUUAGAAAUUUGAGUCACGGAAGCAAUUUAUCUGCAUGCAUUGGGGGAUAAAGCUUCGUACACUUCAUUACACUUUCUAUAUUUAAAUUAAGCUCUAUUAAGUUUUGAAAAUUUUAAUUGUAAGAGGUGUGGAAUAAAUGGUGACUAUGUAACAGUGCCAUUCUUUUAUUUCAGUAGUAUGCUUUGCUUUGAUGGGUGCUAAAGCCCAAAGACUAAUGAACUGAGUGAGUAAUAUAUACUGCCACUGAAUAUCAUUUUCAGUAAAUCCUUAUAAUUUAUAAGCAGCUGAAAGAUGAUCAUAAACGAUAGAUCCC